UACAGAGGAGAAGCAGGUCGAUUACCUCAUAGCUGCUUAACCUGGCUGACAUGCAGCACGCUCUGACUGAGCAGAGAGCUGAGGAGAAAAAACACAACAAUACGCCAUCAGAAUGACGGCUGUCACCAUGUGGCAGAAAAUCCAAUUAUUCUACCAAAGUGCUCUGGAAAAUGGAGACAAAAGGACAGACAAGUGGCUGCUGGUCUACUCUCCUGUGCCAAUUAUGUGUGUAUUCUUGUGCUACCUGAUCAUUAUAUGGGUGGGGCCAAAGCUGAUGGCGAAGAGACAGCCAGUCAAUCUCAAGCCCGUCCUGAUUGUUUACAACUUUGCCAUGGUUUGCCUGUCUGCCUACAUGUUCUGCGAGUUCACGGCCUCUUCCUGGUUGGCUGGGUACAGCUUGUUGUGCCAGCCUGUUGACUACAGUGACAGCCCGCUGGCCAUCAGGAUGGCCAAAGUGUGCUGGUGGUUCUACUUCUCCAAAGUCAUUGAACUAAGUGACACCAUAUUUUUCAUCUUGAGGAAGAAGGACGGCCAGCUGACGUUCCUGCAUGUGUACCACCAUGCCACCAUGAUCUUCAACUGGUGGGCUGGAGUCAAAUAUGUGGCUGGAGGCCAGUCGUUCCUGAUAGGUCUGAUCAACUCCUUCGUCCAUAUAAUAAUGUAUUUGUACUACGGGAUGGCAGCUCUGGGGCCAGGCAUGACCAAAUACCUGUGGUGGAAGCGAUACCUCACCUCUCUACAGCUGCUGCAGUUUUUUACCGUCACCAUCCACACCAGCUACAACCUGAUCUCUGACUGCAACUUCCCUGACUCCAUGAACGCGGUCGUGUUGGCCUACUCGCUCAGCCUCAUCGCGCUCUUCUGCAACUUCUACUACCACAGCUACCUCAACAGGAAAGCCAAGAAAACCUAGACUGGCCCUGCCAGAGAGAGCUGAGUUGGUGUAAGCCGGUGAACCAAAGAUCACGGGGAAACAUUUUCCCUUGUUUCUAUUUUGAUUACUUUAUGUUUACUAUAUGAUAACAAUUACUGUUAUUUCCCUAUAUCUAGUUAUGAUAUACUUACAUUUUAUAAACCCAAGCAAAGAUGACACAUGUCAAAAUAUAGAAAUGGACCUAAUGUAUUAAUUUCAUUAAAAUUUAA